GACCUCUUACCUUCUUAACCAUCCACACCUUCCAGACUCCUAUUUGUAUAUCUCUCGCACUCUCUCCCCUCGCUUCUCUCCCAUGGUGGAAGAAGCUAACGGAAUGGAUAAGAGGAUAAACAGCAGCCAAGAGGCUGAGGUGAGGAAAGGCCCAUGGACCAAGGAGGAAGAUCUCAUCCUAAUCAACUACAUAGCCAACCAUGGGGAGGGUGCUUGGAACAACCUCGCCCGGUCUGCAGGUUUGAAUCGCACGGGGAAGAGCUGCCGGCUACGGUGGCUGAACUAUCUGAGGCCCGAUGUCCGGCGGGGAAACAUCACGCCGGAGGAACAGCUGCUGAUCAUGGAUCUCCAUGCUAGAUGGGGAAAUAGGUGGUCAAAAAUUGCGAAACAGCUACCUGGGAGGACCGACCACGAGAUAAAGAACUACUGGAGGACAAGAAUACAAAAGAGAGUUGAGCAUGGCGAAUCCUUUGAUUACCAUCAGGCGAUGGUUAUUGAUGAAGCUAGUGCCAGUACUAUUACCAGCCAAACAAAUAGUGUUGAAGAUAUUGGGCCUCAGCCGAGUUACAUCGAACGCCAGGCUCCCAAUCCUGAUGCAUUUGCGCCCCAUUUCUCUAGUACUGAAUGCAGCAAUAACUUCUGGUCUGUCGAGGACCUCUGGUCAAUGCAGUCACUCAGUGGCGAUUAAAUAAAGAGAGAUAUGCUUAUGGAUAAUAUUGAUGAUGGUAAUUAUCCUUUUGUAUAAAAGUAAUGUUGCACUAAGUGCUUGGUUACUGUACAGAAUAACUAUGGUUAAGCUUAAUUAUUUAAGUUAUUAACCUCUCCC